UGAUGUCGAGGUUAGUUUUUUUUCCGGCCCUAUUGCUGACCUCUAGGCUCUACCAAACACGUUUCAACCUACCAAGACUAUAGUACUCUAUGGGCAGUACAGUCACUGCCAUGUGGGCCUGCCCUCUGCUGGACCCACACGUUAGUGACUGGUACUGCACGCUGCACUGACUUACCAAACCCCUUGCGCCACUCUACCUCCGUUCUUCGCUUGCCUUGCUCGCUUUGCCUUUCCCGUCUCGACUCCUCGCAUUCGCUGCGUCGUCAACGCUUCUUCCUCCCCGCGGUCUCCCCUUCACCUCUCGGAUCCGGCGGCCAUGGCGAGGAACCCCGGCUGCACCGUCUUCAUAGGUAACUUGGAUGACAAGGUUCCUGAGAGGGUUCUAUAUGAAAUUCUUAUUCAGAUCUCUGGGCAAGACAAACCCUCAUUAAAUGGCAAUAUUCCUGUAAUUCCUAGUUUAAACUCUGUACCACAGCCAAAGCCUCCUCAUCAACAUAUGAGGUCUAGUGAUACCCCUUUGCCACAACAUACAGCAGUGAGUGGCAGGAGUGCUGGGUAUGGUAUCUCACAAAAUCAUUCAUAUGACACUCACACUCAAGCACCGUCAAGUGGGUUACCGAGUAGAGGACUAAGCAACGGUACAUAUGAAUAUAGUAGACGUGUAUUUGGUUCUGUUCUGAAUGAUGUUAGCCGUCGAGCUACCAGGGAACCAAUUCCAUACCCGUCCUGCUAGCAUGUUGAGCCCUGGUGGCUGUGACUCUAUAUGCUGACAGAAAAGGUCUCUGAAGAUGUUGUCUGUUGUCUCAGCCAUCAGUAAGGCUAUCUCUGUACUCACCAUUUCAUGCCUGUAAAUAUGGGUUAUGGUGGUAGGACAUAUGCUUGUCUGUUGGGUUGUUCUGUUUUUUGUAUUGUAGUGAUACUUUUCCCUGCUGGUUAGGUCCCUCUCAUUCCCUAGUGUGAAUGUCAUUCCUCCACUAAUAUGGCUGCACUAGGAAUUACCAGGCUUAGUUGCAUGAAUGGGUGGCAAUAUGCUCGCAAUGGUGUUUUAACAUUAAGUGCCAUUAGCUAUUUCAAUGUUAUAGCAGGGCGCGUUUGUGUUUGACAUAUUAGUAUUUGGUGGAGUUUGUGCUUUUCAUCCUGCAUAUGGGACAUCUGAAGGAGAGACAUCGUUUUAAAAGAAAAUUGUAAAAUAAGUCUCACAAUUUAUGAUGUUUGAUCAUAUGAAUAUUUAGUUAUAUAUGACUUGUUUGCUUGAGCUA